AGCCACAUUUGCGUCUUCUUCUUAUUCAUUGUUAUGAACAAGAAAGUGUCUCCAUUAGUAUUUCUAUGUUAGAACAAAUGAGAAGAGCCGGAAUUGAAAAGCUAUACAAUUGCAUAUAUGUGAUUAUCUUUUAACACUUUAAUUUUUGUUUUUCCUAAUUCUGUCUUUUUUUUUUCAAUUACUUCUUUCCUCCUCCUUCAAAAACCCACAUACUAAUGCCAUGUCCCUUCCAAACUAUCACACGUACACCCAUGUCCCAUCUCCCCAAACUCAACCCUUUCAAACCCCCCAUUCCCUCCAUCACCAAACCUUUCCCGUUAAACCCGGUUCACCCCUCCAUAAAAAAACCCGGUUCACUCUUUCCAUUCUCCUCAACACCCCAACCCACCGUCGUUUCCAUCAUCCCCAAAACCCACCACGCGCUUCCCCACACCACCACAACAACCUCCAACAACUUCACCGGAAUCCUAUCCUUCUGCGCCGCCACAAAAAACCUCCGUUUAGGUCAAGCGAUUCACGCUUCAAUUCUCGUCAAUGGAUUCAACAAAACAAUGCCAUUCGCUCUCAAUUCGCUCAUCAACAUGUACUCCAAAUGUAACCGAAUCGAAAUCGCGAGGUUUUUGUUUGAUUCUUCUGAUAAUAAUUUACUGGAUGAUGUUUCUUGGAAUUCAAUUAUUAAUGGUUAUGUUAGGUUAGGCAGUAACGAUAGUUAUAGCGAGGCUUUUAAGCUUCUAGUUAGAAUGCAUCGGUUUGGAUUUGGUUUUAGUGAUUAUACUUUAAGUAGUGUGCUUACUGCUUGUUGUUGUGUUGAUAAUAAUGUUUUUGGGAAAUUGAUUCAUGGAUUUGGAAUUAAGCUUGGGUUGGAUUUGAAUGUUGUUGUUGGAACUGGUUUACUUGAUAUGUAUGCCAAAACCGGAUGUUUAUCAGAAGCUGUUAGGGUUUUUGAGAGGUUUAGUUGGAAGAAUGAUUUUAUGUAUAAUGCUAUGAUUGCUGGAUUUUUGCAAGAGAAGAGUGGUGCAUGUUAUGGAAAUGCACGGGAAGCGCUUGGUGUUUUUGGUGAGAUGAGGGGGAAGGGAUUGAAGUGUUCGAAGUUUACGUUCUCGAGUAUUGUGAAGGCGUGUGUUGGUGUUGGAGAUUUUGAGGUUGGGAGACAAAUUCAUGCUCUGAUUUUUAAGAAUGGUCUUCAAGGUGAUGAGUUUGUUUGCAGUUCGUUGGUGGAGUUUUACUCGUUUUUUGGUUCAAUUGGAGAUGGAUUGAGGUGUUUUGAGAUGACGCGUAAAAUGGAUGUUGUAUUGUGGACGUCAGCGAUUGCAGGUAGUGUUCAGAAUGGACAAUUUGAAAAUGCUUUGUCUUUGUUCUAUCGAUUGUUGGCUAAUGGGAAGAAACUGGAUGAGUUCAUUGUAUCAUGUGUGAUGGGUGCUUGCGCAGAUAUGGCUGCUGCAAGGACUGGAGAGCAGAUCCAGGGUUAUGCAUUGAAAUUUGGUGUUGCGAAUUUUACUAUUGUUAAAAACUCGCAAAUUUGCAUGUAUGCAAAGUCUGGGGACAUAGAUUCUGCUCGGACAACCUUUCAAGAGACAGAGAAUCCUGACGUGGUGUCCUGGUCUGUGAUGAUUUGCAGCUACGCACAACAUGGUUUUGCUAACAAAGCUCUUAGACUUUUUGAGUCGAUGACUAUCUCUGGGAAUGAGCCUAACCAGGUCACAUUACUUGGGGUCCUAACUGCUUGUAGCCAUGGAGGUUUCAUUGACGAAGGAUUAAGAUACUACGAAACCAUGAAGAAAGAUUAUGGCAUUGCUGCUAAUGUAAAGCACGGUGCUUGCAUUGUUGACCUCUUAGGCCGUGCGGGAAGGCUAGAGGAAGCUCAGAGAUUUAUUAUUGAUUCCGGUUUUGAGGAUGACCCGGUAUUGUGGCGUGCCUUGCUUGGUGCUUGUAAGGUCCAUAAGGACACUGACACGGGAAAGUGUAUUGCUGACAGAGUAAUAGAGCUUGAACCUCAUGAAGCUGCAUCUUAUGUGCUUCUUUACAACCUUUACAAUGAUAUGGGGAAAAAGAAGCGUGCUCUAGAGGUUCGGAAGCUCAUGCAAGAUCGGGGAGUUAAAAAGGAACCUGGUAUAAGUUGGAUUGAGGUAGGAAAUACCGUUCAUACGUUUUUGGUGGAUGAUCGUUCUCAUCCAAUGAGUGAAUUGAUUUAUUCAAGGUUGGGAGAAAUGUUGGUGAAGAUAAAGAAAAUUAGCUUCAAUGAUGAGAAGCUUCCUUUGGGCAUCUCUGAAACAGAACACAGUGGCGCCAUCGAAAUGAAUCACCAUAGUGAAAAGUUAGCCGUAACUUUUGGAAUUAUAUCUUUACCAAAAUCAGCACCAGUGAGGGUGAUGAAGAAUUUGAGGGUUUGCUCUGAUUGCCAUACAACAAUGAAACACAUCUCCAAUGUGGAGAAGAGAGAAAUAAUUCUUCGAGAUGCUAUUCGUUUCCAUCAUUUCAAAGACGGUUUAUGUUCUUGUAAAGACUACUGGUAACAAAAAAAUCAUUUCCGUUGAUAGCAUACUUUUUUACAAAAUAAACCCCCCUUGGCAUCAUAUGAGGAACACAUUGCCAAGCUCCUAAGCCAUUAUUCUCAAAUCUCCUCUGUUUUAACAAAAAGAAUGGUGACUAGGAAAGUAGUUAUUUCCUGUGUAUGUCUACAAUUGCCCUAGUGCAAGUACAUGAUUAGAAGAAUCUCUGCUAAAAGAUUUUAGAAUUGGCAGAUUAAAGCAUGUAUACUGUAAGACAAGAUUGCUUUCUAAUGAAGAAAGGUAGUGAUGAUUUCCUUAUUAUUGUUUAAUUAUUCAGUUAUUUUGUAUUUCUAAUAAGUGUUAAUGAUGAGUACAUUGGCACGCAUUAAAAAAAUGACUACCUUGGAACAAUGAUUGAUGGUUCCAACAAAACAGACUUGUAAGAUAGCUGGAUUUUUUUAUCUCAACACACUCAUAUUAAGAACAGAACCAAGGUACUGAAUAUGCUCAUUACUAAUGUAAGUUGUGCUUGUCUUGCUUUAUGGGUUUGGAUUCCCUCCCGUGGAAAACUCACAUGAGGUAGUCCAGUUUAUAUAUCCACCCUUCAAUUAUUAUUUUAAUAAUAUGAUUAAUACACAGUAAAAUAAAUUAAUGGCUAGGAUUAAACUGGAUGAAAAAUUCAUGGGAGAGAAUCUCCUCCCCUUGCUUUAUGUUUCUUAAAGGAGUUAGGAAGGUACUUAGGCAUACCUCUAACCGGGAGGAGUCCUAAGAAGAAAGAUUAUCUUUACCUUUUGGAGCAAGUUAAAGCUAAAUUAACCUCAUGGAAAGGAAAACACCUUGUGGUUUGCAGGAAGAGUUACAUUAGCUAAAUCAGUUCUAGAAGCCAUUCCUACCUAUUCCAUGCUGACUUGUAAGCUUCCUAGAGAUAGCCUGAAAGAAAUUCAGAAGGUUCAGCGAGCUUUUAUAUGGGGCGACACUGAUGAGAGCAAGAAGGCUCACACUGUUAAAUGGGACCAAAUAACCAAGCCUAUAGAUAAGGGAGGCCUUGGGGUGAAGGAUCUAGUUGAGAUGAAUACAGCAUGCAUCCACAAAUUAGGCUGGCAGGUGAAAUGUCGAACUAAAUCUCUUCGGACUCGAGUGCUGCAGGAUAAAUAUGACAGAUUAGAGAACAAUUUUGCUGACAUACAGGUCAAAGUUCACGACUCUAAUAUUUGGAAAUCAAUAGCGAGCUCCUGGUCCAGUCUUAAUGAGAUGAUUUACUGGAGGAUUUGAAAUGGGCGAAAGAUAGAUCUGUGGAAGGGUUAUUGGGUUCAGGAGGACAUUAAACUGGAUCAAUGGAAGAACUAUGGUAAUGGGAGUGAUCAAGUGGAGAGCAUUAAGGAUUUGGUGGAUGUCAGAGGUGAGUGGAACUUGAACCUCAUUAAUAAUAUUUCCCCUCACUACAUUAGCGAGAAGAUAUCAGCCUCUAACCUUCCUAAUGAAGAGCUAGGUGAGGAUAUCUGUAAUUGGAAGGGUUCAAGUACAGGAUGUUUUUCCAUUGCUACUACUUAUAAUGAUAUCCGAGAUGACAACAAUGAUGAUAUAUCAGAUCACUGGAAUUUUAUCUGGAAAUUGAAAGUUGCUGAGAGGAUUCGAGGGAUCAUGUGGAUGGUUAGACACAACAGCAUCAUCACGAAGCAAUGGCUUGUUUAUAGGCAUAUUGGCCAGCCCUUUUGUCCUGACUGCAUUAGCACCGAAGAAUCUAUCAUUCAUGUUCUUCGGGACUGCCAGAAUGCAAAGUACAUUUGGCUCCAACUUGGAGUGUCAAAUGUUGUUGACAAUUUUUUUGACUGUGAUUUGCAGGUAUUGUUCGAGCUUAAUCUGAAUUUAAUAAAGGAGGAUAAUUGGAGCGAAAAGUGGGCUACGACUUGUCACAUGCUGUGGUUCUGGCAUAAUCAAUGGAUCCACAAUGCUGAUUUGGUAAUGCCUCUGAACCUGGUGGGUGAAAUCAGCAGGAGAGUUAAGUUCUACAUAGAUAACAUCACGCUGGCUCAGAGAAUUCACAAGGAACAGUCGAUCACCAAGCUUGUUACUUGUAAUCCUUCUAUCGAGAACUGGAUUACGCUUAAUACCGAUGGCGUCGUCAAGAAUAACUCGAAAGCAGGGUGCGGGGGAAUCUUGAGAAAUUACAAGGGCGAUUGGUAUGGAGGCUUCUCUGUUAACAUGGGAACGAGUAUGGUGAUUGAAACAGCGUUACAUGGUAUCAAGGCCGGUAUUUAUGGUAUCAAGGCCGGUCUUCAAUACGCCUAUGAUAGAGGGUUCAGAAAGGUCAACCUGCAAAUUGACAAUAAGGUGCUUUUCAAUGCCAUCAAUAAAAACAACAUCAGAAUUCAUUCGAUUCAGGCGAACCUCAGACAGGUCAUGCUGCUCCUUACUAUGGAAUGGGAAGUGAAACUUUAGCACAUUUACCGAGAAGCCAACGGGUGCGCUGAUGCAUUGGCUAAGCUGAGCAUAGAUCAUAGUUCGGGCAAAGUGUUAUACGAGUUUUGUCCUCAACAGAUUUCUGAAUUAGUUAGAUCUGACUCUUUAGGGGAUUCUAUCCCCCGUGUUGUUCGUGUUUAGUUCUUUGACUCUUUAGGGGAUUCUAUCCCCCGUGUUGUUCGUGUUUAGUUCUUUUUCGUUUGGGCUUUAAGCCCUCCCUUGUAUCAAAAAAAAAAGAGAGAGAUAUGAAAAAAAUGUGUGAUUUUCUGUGUUUA